AUGAGGAACGCACUGAUUCUCGCAGGCAACAGCAAUCCGGCGCUCGCGAGCCGCGUCGCCGCGGCGCUGGGCGUUCCGUUAGGCCGCAUGUUUUGCGGGCGAUUUGCAGACGGCGAAGUCAACCUCGAAAUUCAGGAGAGCGUUAAAGGCAAAGAGGUAUUCAUCAUUCAGUCGACCUCGAAACCCGUUAACGAGGCUGUGAUGGAGCUGUGUCUCAUAAUUUCUGCGGCGCGCCGCUCGAACGCGGCUUACGUCACCGCGAUCAUCCCUUACUAUGGCUACGCGCGGCAAGACCGCAUCAUGAAACCAGGCGUGCCUAUCAGCGCCGCGGAGGUCGCCAAAAUCAUCUCCGCGAUGUGCCCCGACCGCGUCGUUUGUCUCGACCUGCACUGCGGACAGAUCCAGGGCUUCUUCCCGCUGAACAUCAUCGUCGACAACCUUGGUACGAUCCAUGUGGGCCUCAAAUUCUUUGUCGACCUAGCGCUGCGCGAACCGGUGAUCGUCUCGCCCGACGGCGGCGGCGUCUUCCGCGCGCAAAAAUUUAUGGAGUUGUACAAGCAGCAGCGCGGCACCGACGACGUUUCUUUCGCGCUGAUGAACAAGGUGCGCAAGGUCGCCAACGAAAUCGAAGACAUCCAGCUGAUCGGCUACGUUAAGAACAAGAGUUGCGUCAUUGUCGACGACAUGAUUGACACCGCAGGCACACUCUGCGAAGCCGUAAACUGCCUGAUCGCCAACGGGGCGCGCGUCGUCUACGCUUUUGCCGCGCACGGGCUGUUCAACGGCAAAGCGCUCGAGCGCAUCCGCAACAGUCCGCUUACGGCCGUGGUCGUCACCGACUCCAUCGCGCACAGCGCCGAAACCAAGAACGCAGAGCCGAACGCGGACGAACUGCAGAACUUGCACAAAACAGAGGCUGCAGAGCUGCAAGGCUCGCCGCUGUUGCUCGCGACCUUGAAGGAAUUUGUCGACGACUCUUUCGCGAUCGUGACGUGCAGCCUCGGCUCCGAUUUGUUCGUGCCGAUCCUCUCGAUCGUCGACCGCUCGAAGCUGCAGCUCGACUGCAGCGUGCUACUGAGUCAUCGUAUGAGCACCGGUAAGACGCUACUUGCGAAGGCCGUCGCACGCGAGACAUCCGCUACCUUUCUGCGUAUCGUCGGCUCUGAGUUGAUUAACAAGUACCACGGUGAGGGCUGCCGCCUCGUGCGCGAGCUGUUCAAAGUCGCGAAACAACUGAGUCCAUCCAUUAUUUUCAUUGAUGAGAUCGACGCCGUCGGCACGCGCCGAUACGACACCUCUUGCCGCGGCGAGCUCGCCGUGCAGCGAAUUAUGCUCGAACUGCUAAACCAACUCGAUGGCUUCGACAACAAAAGCAGUGUUAAGAUCAUCAUGGCCACUAACAAGAUUCAGUCGCUCGACCCCGCGCUCAUCCGCUCCGGCCGCAUCGACCGUAAGGUCGAACUGCCGCCGCCCGACGAGAAAGCCAAGAAAAAGAUUUUCGAAAUCCAUACGCGGCGCAUGACGCUGCACGACGAUGUAGACUUUACGGAGUUCAUCAACGACAAAACCAACCUCAGUGGCGCCGACAUCAAAGCUAUUUGCACCGAGGCCGGACUGCUCGCGCUGCGCGACCUCAGCGUGCGUGUCUCGCUCGCGAAUUUCCGCGCCGCCAAAGAAAAAGUGCUUUAUCGGCUCAAGGGCAAGACUGUGCAGUCGCUCUACGCUUAG